AUGUCCUAUAUAACAAGAUGGCUAUUUAGUACAUCACAUAAAGAUAUAGCAAUAUUAUACUUAAUCUAUGGUAUGAUUAGUGCUAUGGUAGGUACAGGAAUGUCAGUAAUAAUAAGAUUAGAGCUGUCAGGAUCAGGUCCAUUAUAUUUAAAUUCUGAUAAUCAGGUGUAUAACGUUCUAAUCAGUGGACACGCACUAGCGAUGAUAUUUUUAUUUGUAAUGCCUGUGAUUAUAGGCGCAUUCGGGAACUUCUUUUUACCUAUAAUGCUGGGAGCCGUAGAUAUGGCAUUUGCUAGAUUAAAUAAUAUUAGUUUCUGAUGUCUUCCUCCUGCAUUAGUAUGUAUAAUAGGUUCUUUACUAAUAGAAAAUGGACCUGGUGUUGGAUGAACAGUAUAUCCACCUUUAAGCUCAAUUAGUGCUCAUUCUGGUCCUUCAGUAGAUUUAGCUAUAUUUGCUAUACACCUAACUAGUAUAUCUAGUCUUCUUGGUGCUAUUAAUUUUAUAGUUACAACAUUAAAUAUGCGUAGUAUCGGUAUUCAUAUGAUAGAUAUGCCUUUAUAUGCUUGAUCUAUAUUCUUUACUGCAUGAUUAUUAUUAUUAUCAUUACCUGUACUUACAGCUGGGGUAACAUUAUUAUUAAUGGACCGUAACUUCAAUACUGGUUUCUACGAUGUAGCUGCCGGUGGUGACCCUAUAUUAUAUGAACAUCUGUUCUGAUUCUUCGGUCAUCCUGAGGUAUACAUAUUAAUCAUACCUGGUUUUGGUAUAAUAUCACAUGUUAUUGCAACUUACAGUAAAAAAGAAAUCUUUGGUCGUAUGGGAAUGGUAUACGCGAUCGCAAGUAUUGGUUUACUUGGAUUCUUAGUAUGAAGUCACCACAUGUACAUAGUAGGUUUAGACAUUGACAGUAGAGCGUACUUUACUAGUGCGACAAUGGUCAUUGCGGUACCAACCGGCAUUAAGAUUUUUAGUUGAUUAGCUACUUUAUAUGGUGGUGAAAUACGUAUUGCUGUACCAAUGUUAUUCGCUUUAGGUUUCUUAUUCUUAUUUACUGUAGGUGGAUGUACUGGUAUUAUGUUAUCUAAUGCUAGUAUUGAUAUUGCAUUCCAUGAUACUUAUUAUACAGUUGGUCAUUUCCAUUAUGUAUUAUCUAUGGGUGCUGUAUUUAGCCUUAUUGCAGGUUACUACUUAUGAAGUUAUCCUAUGUUUGGUCUAAAUUAUAAUAAAGUUAUUGGUGAAGCUCAUUUCUGAACAUUAUUUAUUUCAGUUAAUCUUAUAUUCUUACCUAUGCAUUUCUUAGGUUUAAAUGGUAUGCCUCGUAGAAUACCUCAAUAUCCUGAUGCUUUCUUAGGUUGAAAUAUUAUUAGCUCUUGAGGUUCUAUAAUGUCUAUUAUUUCAGUUUUAAUUGGUUUAUACGGUAUAUUAAUACAGUUAACUAAUGGUGAAAAUAUAGAAAGAGAAGAACCAGUAACUCCUGAUUUCUUAGAAUCAAAUACAACUAGAGAAACUAGAGACUCAGAUCUAGAAAUGAUUUUAAAUAAACCUGCUUAUUAUCAUACAUUCUCUGAAUUACCUAUAUUAAUUACUGCCUAA